UUCCUGAAAUCCUCGAUUGUUCAUAAACCAAGAGAGGUUUAAAGCAUUAGCAACAAACAAAACAAGCUUCUUCGUUCCAUGUAAUUGAAAUAACUCUUGUUUGUUUUUUGUUUUAAAUAAAUAUAGGUGGAGUUGUCCUUGUGUAUACCUUGCCUUUUAAGCACACUCAUUUUCUACCUCUAUUUUCCUUUCUUCUCCACUUUCUGAACUCUGCAACCAGCACCUCUCUCUAUAUUCUCUCCCUAAGCCUAAGGUGAAUCCUACUUCAUUAUCAGAGGGCAUGCCUGAAUGUCCAGAGAAAGGGAGAGAUUUGAUGAGAUAGGGAAGAAGAUCAAAAGGGAAGGAGAUGUUUCUUCUCAAAUGGGAAGAAGACACAUGUUAGGUCCUCCUGGAACCCUAAAUACCAUCACCCCUUGUGCAGCAUGUAAGUUGUUGAGAAGAAGAUGUGCCCAAGAAUGUCCCUUUUCACCAUAUUUCUCUCCCCAUGAGCCUCAAAAGUUUGCUUCAGUCCACAAAGUUUUUGGUGCCAGCAACGUCUCAAAGAUGCUCAUGGAAGUACCAGAGUGUCAGAGAGCUGAUGCAGCAAAUAGUCUAGUUUAUGAAGCUAAUGUUCGGCUAAGAGACCCUGUGUAUGGAUGCAUGGGUGCAAUUUCUGGUUUGCAGCAACAAGUUCAAUCUUUACAAGCAGAACUUAAUGUAGUGAGGGCUGAAAUACUUAAAUACAAACUCAGGGAAGCUCACAUGAUACCACCCUCUUCUCAUCAUGUUCCAAUGCUUCCUUCAUCUGGGGCUGUUUCAAUCGCUGCUCCACCUCCACCACCUCCUCCACCACCACCACUUCCACCUCCUAAUUCUAUUCCUCAAACUUCUUCCUCUUCUUCCAUCUACAUCCAACACAGAGAUCCCACCACCACUUACACCACAAUUUCAACUGAUAAUAUCUCCUAUUUUGGUUAAACUUUUGCAGCCUCAUCAAAACAAUUAUUCCAUUUAUUUCCCUCUUAAUUAUCAUCAUCAUGCAUCAGGCUGGAAUAAACUGAGUCAAGAGAAAGGAGAGUAUUCAUACUGAAUGUUGUUAAUUACGAUGACACCCCCCUUUUAUUAUCUUAAUCCAUAUCAUUAAUAUACCCGAAAUUAUGGCUGCUUAAA